AUGACAAUGCCCUUGCGAAGGGUUCUACGCAUUGCAGCUGUGGCUGCUGGCGUUUUCGGUGUCUCGGCGGCGCUCAGCUUUGUUGCUGCCGGCGGCCGCCGCGCUGCCCCGCAGCCGCGCGUGCAGAUGCAAGCCGUCAGUGUUAACGACAAGAGCGACAACUUCAUUGACAAGGCCUUCACAGCCAUGACAGAUGUCGUGAUUGGCCUCAUCCCUCUCUCGCAGCAAGAGAAAGACGCUUAUCAGUUCUAUCGUGAUGGUAUGGCCGCUCAGGUGUCAGGUGACUACUCCAUGGCACUUCGCAGUUACGCAGAGGCGUUGAAGCUGGAGGAAGACCCGAUCGACAGAAGCUACAUCUUCUACAACCUGGGUAUCAUCUUUGGCUCCAACGGUGAAUACGUGAAGGCCGUCAAAUACUACCACCUUUCCUUGGAUCAGAACAAGGAGUUGUGCCAGGCCUACAACAACAUCGCGGUGAUCUACCACGAUCAAGCCAUGAGAGCUGAGAAGAAGGGUGCUCUGGACAAGUCGACUGUCCUCUACGACAAGGCUGCCCUGUACUGGAAUCAGGCCAUCCGCAUCGCCCCGACGAACUAUUUGGAGGCCCAGAACUGGCUGAUCACCACUGGCCGCAUUAGCUCCGAGGCCCAGAGCAAGCUUGGAGGCCUCAGGCUGGGCAGGUCAGUUUUGGCAUUGGCUGCCUGCAGCUACUGUGCAAAGACAGAGACCAUUUUCCUGCACAUGGCAGAGAUCUGGUUCAAUCUCAGCCUAUUGUCGACCCUGUUUUGCCUUGAGGGAAGCCAAGACAAGGAUCAAAUCCUUGUCUUCUGCCAACUUUGCAUUCGAGCCCAGGAUAUUGCAAAUGACGGCGUCUUUGCAAGAAUGCAUUGGCCACAGACUGGUGCUGGAGGACAGAGCCCCGAAAUACACCGAAUGCCCAUCAUGAUGGGGAUGCUCGGGUCAUGGACGGGGCGUGCCGUGGUUGCACAAGCUCCCAAUGCUCAGCUAAGUAACUUGCAGGAGUCCGUAGACGAGCCUUCCUUCCUCGCUUUCUUUGCGGGCUGCGAGAAGGAGUCAACGAACGGCGAAGCGGCAGAGUUCCCCAGCAAGGAGGACCUUCAAAGACUCUUUACUUAUUGGGACGAAGCUGGAGCUGGACACCUGAGUGAGGUCGUCAGCAAAACUACUAUCACCGACAGCGUGGCGGACUUGGCCCAUGUGUGCGUGAGCGUCAAAGCCACCAGCGUCAGCAAGUUGGAGGUAGGUGACGUGGUGGAGGUCCUCGGUGUUGCGACCAAGGAGCCGGAGGUGGACGUGAUGCGAGUGAAAGUACGUCUGCUUACAGAUGGAACCGAAGGUUGGGCUACCAUAUCUGGCAACCAGGGGACUGACUACCUCCAGGAGGGUGGAGGCAGCUUCAAGGUAGUCAAGGAAACCCUCCUAACGGACGACUUCGAGAUCGGUGCUGCCAAAGAGACACCAAAGGAGCUAAAUGUGAGUCGAAUGCCAUCGAGCACCAUCGUUGUGGUGCCUACUUGCCAAAGCUGCGCUGGCAAGCUGCUGCAGCUUCCUUACGAGAAGCUUCUGCUUUGCAUCGAGCAGGAUUUCGCCCGCGGAGCCAGUGCUGCCUUACACAUGGACCUGAACAAGUCAUGCGAACCAAUGCGUGAUCUGGUGGACUUUUUGCGUGAGGUCAUGGAGCCAAGCUCCCGCAAGAACGUCAAAGACUGGCGGUGCAUCAUGAACAAACGAAUAGGUGAAUCAUACAAGGCCAAGAAUCGAAGCCUCUCCUGGCUCGACGAUAAAGUCGUCCAGGUGACCAAGACAGCGGAAGUGCUGGGAGCUGUACGGCACCUGCCGAUUCUGGGUUGCGGCGGACGGGAUGGCGAGGGACAACAGGCUCUGCGUGCAGCGGCAAGCCGCGAGGUGGAGUUGGACACCCCCUUGGUUGUGAAGCCACGCCACGGGUCGAAUUCCAAAUUCGUGGCCAUGUUCCCGAGUCCUGCACAGGCGGGGGUGGAAGCAGUGUGCGAAAGCAUUGAUGCGGCGCUCAAUGGGGAAGAUCCUUCCUGGAAGAAAGAGUCUUGGAACCAAAAUGCCGUCCCUAAGGGCGCUUUGCUGCAGCCUUUGUACGCCCUCAUGGCAGAUAUGGCAGAUGUGGACGUUUCGAUGGGCGCGCGCAACAAGCUUAUGAGGCCUCUGGAGCUGAAAGUGCAGGUCCUCUUUGGUGUUGCUGUGGGUGGUUGCCUCCAUUCCCAUCCAAUGGCUCUGUGGGUUCUGAGCAGUGGAGCGGUUCAGCUGUGGGACCCGAACCUUCCAGGUCUGCUGAAGAAGGGCCAUGGGGUGUGGGAGCCGCUUCCGCACGCCAUUUUGGAGACUUUGCUCCGCUCCCUAUCUGAAGACUGGGAAGCCAUCCGGGGUGAUUCCGAGCGCUUGGCGCAGGAGAUAGGUCUGGACGAGUUGAGAGUCGACUGGCUUCUAGGUGACGGCCACUGGGGCCCGCGUAUUGGUGAGUUGACAUACAUGGGCACUCUGGCCCUGGACAUUUGGCCGGUCUCAUGGCGCCUCGCCCGAGCCUUUGCAGCCGGACAUCUGAGUCGCCUCGGAAGGCCGCUCCAGCCAUUCCCUGAAAGGGGAUCCCCGGGAGGGGAAUGA